GGGAGUGCUCGCGGAAAGAACGGGAAAAUCGAACGCGGUCCUUGGGUUGUCGAGGAAAACACACAGGAUACAGGAUCGAUGAUAAGUUGCAUCGAUUGUGUACCGAAUUGGUUUGCUCGCCGUUUCGCUUCGCUGUAACUAGAACGCUAGUGUUUGGCAGUGUCGUGUUUCUCGUGGUUCUGUGCGUGUAGAAAAAUAACAAUUCCAUCGUGUCGUUGAGGCAGGGUAUGCAUGACGGUGGGUAUGCGCGUUUACCCAUGCUAAUUGGCGUACGCAGUACGUUCCCCGGAGAAGGAACCUACCGAAGGCCCACGUUUGCCCACCCUGCUGGACGAACGGAUCUGGCACCAGGAUCGCGGGCGAAAGCAUCAAUGAAAAGCGUUGUGCGAAAGGAGGAUUACGUGUAGUAGUCGUUCUGCGUUCUCUGUUGUCCAGCGACACGCCGUGAAGGAGUGGAACGCUAUCGCUAUCGUUCUGCUUACUGCCUGCUCGGUUCAGUAGCAAGCACUAUCGCGCCAGCGUUGUUAUCGUUGUGCAGUAAGAGUCACAACAGGCCGCACAACCAGUCAAAACGCAUUUUGCUGGCACUAGACACGUCGUAUCGUUCGUUGUGCAGUAGUGAGUCAAUAUUGCUUCCAUCAGCACGCCGUGGUUCAACAAUCGUACGCUGCAAACAACCGCUCUAGACGAAGUGAUCCACAACGAUGGCAACGGUGAACCUGAACCCGCGGCGCCACCCGGAGCAAGGGAAGGACGCGUGGGUCAAGCUGAACGUGGGUGGCACCUGCUUCCUCACGACCAAGACCACGCUUUCCCGCGAUACGAACUCUUUCCUUUCUCGGCUCAUCCAGGAGGACAGCGAUCUCAUCUCAGAUCGGGACGAAACCGGCGCAUACUUGAUCGACCGCGAUCCGCGUUACUUUGCGCCGGUCCUCAACUAUCUGCGCCACGGUAAGCUCGUGCUGGACGAUGGACUCUCGGAGGAGGGCGUACUGGAGGAGGCCGAGUUCUACAACGUGACGUCUCUGAUCAAGCUGCUGAAGGACAGCAUAGAGCAACGCGAGCAGCGCCCGGCGACGGACAAGAAGCGCGUGUACCGGGUGCUGCAGUGCCAGGAGAACGAGCUGACGCAGAUGGUGUCGACCAUGUCGGACGGCUGGCGGUUCGAGCAGCUGAUCAACAUCGGCACCCAGUACAACUACGGCACGGAGGAGAACGCCGAGUUUCUGUGCGUGGUAUCGAAGGAGUGCGCCAACACGCUGAUCGGGCGCGAGGUGGAGUCGAACGACCGCGCCAAGGUACUGCAGCAGAAGGGUUCGCGCAUGUAAGCCGCUGUGACGCACUACCGACGUCGAUCUACACCGAACCACAUACGAGAUAUGCACGUGUGUGACUGAUUGGGUACGUGUGUGUGUGUGUGCAUGUGUGUGUGCAUGACUGGGUGUAUGUAUGAUGUAUGACUCUGUGUGUGAUAGCGCAGCCACUCAUUUGCGAAAAAGAAGAUAUAGAUAGAAACUAAUCACAAACCGCAAGCAAACAUAAAAUGAACAGAAAAAAACACUAUAUUAACGCACAACCGUCAAGCAGCGCAAACACGACGAACGGAGAAAACAUAUGAAUCAUUGACAGCAUGUGUAGCGCGUGCAAGGUAAAUCAUACGAGGAGGUACGAACGGUGGGAAACGGUUGAGUAAAAGACAAGAGAGACAGGGGCGAUGGUAAAGACACAUUUACGAAAGAAAGUGACGAAAGCAAAGAAGCGAAACCGCUUGAAAAAAAUACAGAACUGAUUAGAAAGGAACUGUCGAACUCCUAGAUACCUUCAGCACCGAACUGUUCGGUAUGUCCUCCCUCUCAGAAACCUCAGUUUAUCGUGUUCAUUCCGUUGUACGUCGUACCCGACCGAGUGUCUUCAGUUCGGCAAGACGUCACGCUUACGUAUUAGCUUAUACAAAUAUCGGCACACAACCCUGGUAACUCUCAAGCUCUGCUUGCUCUACUCUAGAAUGCUCCAAUGCAAAACAUUAGCGUCGAUCGUGUAUCGCGUGGCACGGUGAUAUUUAUUGCCCUAGGAGUAUUUUAUCAUUUCAAUAGAACACACUCGUUGCCGAGCGCUAAUGGCUGGAUAUAGUUUCGAGAUAAGUUAGCAAAUGGAAGUACCCCGUAAAUCACAAGCAUCCUGCAUCGUUCCGAAUGCUGUAGACAUUUAGUUGCGUCAAAAUGCCCGGAAGCAAAACACCGAUGCUCCUCAAUCCUCGUUCCGGUCGAUUUGGUUGUGCGUUGUGCGGUGUACACUAAAAGUGUACGGUGUACACUAUCCGGCAGUGACCAACCAACACGUAGUACGGACCCGCAAAAGAUGGUCGAACGGUGCGCCAAAACGUGCAUAUUCGUACAACAUUAACCGCUCUCUGCCCCAGCUUCACACAAGCAGGCACUCUCACAAACAUGCAAAACUACCCUUUCCCUUUUUACUUUUAUUUUGUAUGAGUUUAUGUACGGAAUAUCAAGUAAUGAUUCGCUCAUCCUUACACAUUGUGCUGCAAGAAGUAAUAUGAACCAGUGGAGCAAAGUUUGAUCGAUCUUUCAGAUGAAUCAGCACGAACAACUUAUCUUACAUAGGGAGGAGUAGAGGAAAUGCAAGUGAACGCAAAAGUUGUGACAUGUUCGAUGAACUAAUAUCUUUCUCAUAGUUUCACCAGCUUUGCAAGAUUCAGCUUGGUGCGUCUUGCUCCACUUGGCCAUAUUGCAUCCAACGACCAUACGAUUGAUAUGAAGAACAGAACGAAACGAAACGAAACGAAACUAUCAAGCUUUCAACUCAAUCGUCGUAAUAGCUUUACACGGUUAAUGCAUAAGGUACGACGAAGUAUAGUAUAUCCGUAAGACUUUCUCCGAGCCAUGUGUAUGUGAGAAUGUGCUAGCGUGCUUCUUAAUAUCGCCCUCAAAGUGCACGUAGGGGUUCGUAGCAAUACAAUGUCGCAUUUAUUACGUCGAACGCGUAAUGCGUAAUCCUUAUCGAUUGCAACGAUUUUAAUUUACAAUCAACGGUUAAUCAUCCUCUCAGAGAACUACUCACCAGGACAUACAGGGCACGAAUAGGUUACGACGCUCUUCUGUUCUUUUCGUUGGCGAGACAGGGAACGAGCUCGAUGCACCGAAGCCAACGGUGCGUACGGAAAUUGGAAACGGAAAAAGAAAAAAACGAAAAACAAAAAGACAUGGAAAUCUGGAUGGCAAUGGGAACUCUCAGGCGUGCGAAAAGGGCGCAAACGCACUCGGCAAGCGGUCGCAAUUCCGGGUUCGGGCGUUUGCUACCCUCGCUGAACGCGUGAACUUUACACACGACACGACACGUGGAUAUGAUAACCAUAAUCAAUCACCACCAACACGCCACCGCACACCAUUACUAUUAUUAACCGUAUCGUUAAGUUAGUCUAAGAUACAACUCUAGCCGGCACCCGUUUCUGAGUAGGUCCUUUUCCUUUUGAUUUGGAAAGCAAGCCAUGGAAGACAACACGUGGAAAUAACGAACGUACACACGCACAGGCAGGUCGAGCAGAGAGAGAGAGAGGGACACGCCGAGGGCGAUUGGAAUGGAAACGUAAGGAUGGAACAUGUGAGGAUAUGGAAAUGUUAUGAAAUAGAAAACAAAUAUAGCAAAAAGAAUCCGUUUGGCAAAAGAGAUGCAAGGGUGAUAAGGAGAUGGUGAAGGAGAAAGGAGGCGAGUGGACGCAAUGUAAGGAUGUAACUUACAGGAUGUUGGCGAGCACGUGUUGGGUGGAUGAUGAAUAUUAAAAUAUUUAAAAAAAAAAGCAAAUUGAAAAACAAGCAAAAGAACUAAAUAAAUGAAAGUAUAUAAAGAAUAUUAUCGUUCCCUGGUGUUUGUACUUCAAUUUCGCAAAGUAGGGAGUAGGUAACAAAGAGCAACAACAACAACAACUUAAUACGCACAAUUGUAGUUGAACGAUCAAAGUUAUUACUCGCGUAUGGCGUAGUAUUCGGUUGAAAAAGAUUUAAAAAAAACCUGUGAUUAAAGAUGCUGUAUUGAAUGUU